AACAACAGUCAGUGCGAAUCAAAAUGGCGAGUGCGACGACGGUCCGCGGAGGUACGCAGCGUGUUUCGGCCGCGUUCGCGCUUCUCUGAGCGAGACACGCGCGAGGAUGUGAUCCACGUGAUUCGCGUCGCUCGCGAUCGCGGAAUCGAAGCUCUCGUCGCGCAUCUUUACGACACGGUGUGCAAUUUGCGAGGAUAUAAAACGUGCGGACACUCUCCUGUCUCUCUCUCUCUCUCUCUUGGAGGACGAUCAACGCACGGGGUGACAUCGUCGACGCGCCAAAUUUCCCCGCGGCUAAUCAUACAUCCAGAUGACGCGAUGACGCUACAUUGGUGGAUGCACUGGUUCUGGGUUACCGCACAAUUUCUUGUGAUUCUUGGGAGUCCCUUCCCGUCUACCACGUCGGAUCCCGUCAAUCAGCAGCAGCCUCAGCCAUCCCCGAGAACGACGUCCUCCCGGUCGAUCAAUACCGAGGAUAUCUAUCGCUCGUCGAAGACGACACCCAGGCCGAGCUUACGCAUCGCCAAGGCCAUAGGGCUCUAUCCGACGAACGCGGCCGUGACAGGUGACAGGCAACAGCUGAUCACCACCGUAGCUUCGUCCCUGCUGGAGCAGCCGCGCGGGAGCACCGGUCACGAGGUCGUCGUCGACGAGUCCCCGACGAGCUUCCGCGGGAACAUCUCCGAGGUUGUGCCGCUCGGCGCGACUACGCCGGCGCAGCGCAUCAUCGAGAGGGCCAGGAGCCACCCGACCGCGAAGAAGGACAGCAAGAUCACGUGGAUCCUGACGACGAGCAAGUCCUCGGGCAGGUCCAAGUACGAUCAGGAGGAGAGAUUUAAUCAGUCGAACGGCAGGAACGUCAGCUUCGACGAGGUCGAGGACCUCACCGUGCUGCCUCUCCAGGAGGAGAUGACCAGGCCCGAUCUGGCGAACAGGACGAGAUCCUUUCACGUGACGUCAUUAUCCGCGGCCGGUGUCGCCAGCAACGCCGCGAUCAGGACGUUCAAUCGCUCCGAGGACGAGGUCGAGAUCGACGAGGAGGCGGCCCAGACGCAGCACUUCGCCACGGCGGCCUCCAUCCUCGAAGGCGCAGUUGGCGUGAGCGAGUCCACUCGUCUGAGCAGAGCCAGGAAUACUUUCAUCACGCAGCAGCACUUGCAGAGGGAUCAAAUGCAGGGAGACAAUCAGUCUUCCGAUUAUACGAAUGACAGCAACACGGCCGAGCAGCAAAGUUCGGGGACGUCCGCCGCGGGUAUAGCCGCUAUAACCGGUAGUUGCUUAGCGACUGUGGCCCUGCUCAGCACAAUGGGUAGCCUCGGAUUCAUUAUAUACAGGCGCAAGUACUUGAACCCUCCGCAAACACUGAACAGUGAUAAAUGCAGCAAUCCUGAUAGCUCCGGGUACAUCGACGAUUCCACCAUUCGCGAUAAUUCGGAGGAGAUGUACAGCUUGGAUAAUGACUCGUUCCUAAACUCGCUGGAAGCGAUGACAAUACAGAAUUACUGGACGGACAGUGUGAAGCAUACGAAGCUAUGACAAAAGAAGAUAACCCAUCCCGGCAGAAGGAUCGAAACGUUCAGCAUUUCUGACGGCGAAGCGCACGAGCAAAUCUCCCUGCUCGAGCAAUAAUAGUACUUACGCUAGUCUGUGUAUUCUGGUUGUCGCGCGAAAAGUUCGGUUGGUUCUCUCAAAGGACUGCAGGGAGGAGAAUAAGUUAUCUUGAACGUUACCACGUGUGUAUGUAUGUGUGUGCGUAUGCGUGUGUGUAAAGAAAAUAUUGGAUCAAAAUUCGCGAGACGACGCGCAUCCGCUCGCGUGUCGUUUCCGCACGUGACGUCACUUUCCCGUUCGUCCCUAUAUUUUUCUACGACGCAUGCGUUCGGCAAAGUCGCAAGCUUAAGCAAGGGAAGUGACGCAGUUAUUCCUCUCGAAUCUUUCCAUUAACGAUAUAUAGUGCAAUAAAUAAACAAAAAAUCGA